AUCUUUCUCCUUUGCCUGGAAAUACUGAAAACCCGGGAUCUUUUGAUCUUUCAAGUUUCAACCCAUUUGUUUAACUUCUUACUACGUAUUUCUCUUUAGAUCUGUAUUUCCUUUAUUGAGAAAAACCCAAUAUUUUCCCCUUUUUAGUUGCUUUCGAUUCCAUUUAGAUUCGGUUUGGUUGGGGAAAAUCGUUUGGAUUCUCUCUUUUUUGAUACUCAAGGGCGGUUGGUUUUCGAUUUAUUCGGAAAAAAAGGAAGGAGAAUCGGAGUUCGGAUAGUGGGAGAUUCAAGAAAUUAGGGUAAAUAAAUUGGGGACUUUUUAGGGGGUUGGUUAUGCAGAUGGAAAGGGAGAGGCGGAAUAGCAUUGCUAAUGGGAACUACAGUUGUCAUUCGAAUGGGAAAUAUACUGGAUUUUGCAAUGAUUACAGUGUUUCUGAGAACGAAAAGGUUCGAACUUUACCCUCUUCCUCUUUACCCGGUGCCGGUUUCAUCGAGCAUCCAAUUUCCCGGUUCGAUACUCUUGCCGGCCUUGCCAUCAAGUACGGCGUUGAGGUAGCUGACAUAAAAAAGAUGAAUGGUCUGGUAACUGAUCUUCAAAUGUUUGCUCUUAAGACGCUUCAGAUCCCUUUACCUGGGCGGCAUCUGCCAUCGCCUUGCUUGUCGAAUGGUUCCGAAACACCAGGAGAAAGCAGUGCAAACCAAAACUCAGGUCCAGAUUUACCUCCUGGUUUGCGUGAAUCAUUCCAGUCAUUAAGACUGAAGACUCCUCCUCGAAGGGUCUCCCCAGCGAUGUUACAAGGUUACUAUGGCCUUAAACCCUCGGAAAAAAGUGUGCCAUUCGAAGGCUUUGAGAUGGCUGUAUACGGGAAAGGAGAAUCUCAUUAUCUUGAGGAUGGUCCAUCACUCAAACUCUCCUCUGAUGCCAAUCCACCUUUCAGGCUUCAACGCAAGUGUAGAAGCGUGACCAAUGGAUUUUAUGUCGAGAACGGCCAAAUCACACCUGAUAUCCUUUCCGCUGGUGAAGCUAAAGACAGUGACCCUGAUAAAUCAAAUGACAAACUAAUAAGAAGACGGCAGAAAUCCGAGGCCGACUUCACUGCCCAUACCCCAGAGAAGCUGUUGAAAGAGGAUAAUAACAGUAGUGGAGGAUUUUCGACGAUAGCAGCGAAAGGCUUGGCACAGAGAUCCAAAGCAGGAAGCCGCACUAGUUCAGGAGCCGACACCGAGGUAUUCGGGAGCAACACUAUACCAACAGGUCUCGGAGAUGGUUACGUGGUCGACGGAUUUGUCACAGUGAGGAAGUCAUCGAGCACAUCGAGUUUGCAAGAUCAAGACAAUGGUAGCUUGUCAUCCCUCUGGGCAACAACCAAAUGGAACUUGAAGCCCGACUUACAAGCACUUUCAACUGUAAACAUCGCAAACCCUAUAUUUGAUGGAUUGCCAAAGCCUAUAUCCGCUCGUAAAAACAAAGCGGCGCUUGAUUAAAAACUACCCUUCCCUCGCCUGCAUUACCAAAUUUUGACUGAGUGGCCGCCAUAGCCAUUGUUAGUGUUCUUCCAGUAGUUUAUUAUACAGAUACAAGAAAUGGACAAAAUAAGAAAGAAAGGAAAAACAAUCAA